AUUCUCUUUCUUUUUACAUUCUCUUUUUAUUUGCAACACAAUACAUACAUACAUACUUCUUUAUACCCAUCUAUUACUCACCCCAGUAUAAUGACUACCCAAGCAGUUCCUCUGAUCAUUCAUCAUCCUCCUUGGGCAACUACCAACCAGCAAUCACAGUCAUCACAUCACACCGACUCGGCAACCACAGUGGCAGGUAAAUCUGAAGAAACGGUGAUUGUGGUUGAAUCGAACGGAGACAAAGUAAUCCUUCCACAAGAGACAGCCAUCGCUAUGCCAGAAGGUCAGGGCCAUCAUUCUCGUUGCAGUUCCGUCGUACCACCGGGCCUGACUGGCACUGAAGGUGGUCGUGAACGCGCGGCACUAGCAACCGUCUUUGGCGUACAAGAGUAUACAGAGUCGAACACGUUCUGGGAGCGACUUGUGCAACAGCAUCAAGAAGAGGCACCAGUAGUUAAAGAGGAAGAAAACAAAAAAGCCAAGAAGAAUGCGUCGCUGGCCGAUGCUACGUCCAAAAACCAACAAAGACCUACCACUAUCACAACUACAACAGCAACAAAUCCAUCGUCAUCGCCAUCAUCAAAAAAGCAUACUAUUUCACGAAAGCCAUUACCUCAAGCACCAUUACCACAACUUAAAGUUAACUCGUUCAAGCCGCUCCCUGAUAUUCCGAACGUCAGCAAGUUUAAUGACUUCCUAAUAGAAGACGAGCAUGGUAUGGACCUCAUGUUUCCAGCAAGCCCGUCUUCUGUUCUGCUGCACUCGUUCUCGCCACCAUUAGACCAUACAAUGACCGAAUCUUCUAUACAUUCAUCAAUCAUUCUUACAUCUAAUAUGAUCGAAGAAGAAAAGGCCAACGGAGCUAACCCCAUCAUUCAGCCACCUAAACUGUUUAUCGGAUAUCCACCAGCAAUUUUCGACAUGUUAAAAUCUGACGACGAUGAACGUAUUAUAGUAUGGGGGCCAGAUCCUGCUUAUGAAGAAACAAUGGUGUCCUCGCCCACGGCCAUGAGCAGCGAAGAAUCAGUAUCUUCCAGCAGACAAAGCAACCCAUCGACACCAUCCAUUCAAGGUUUCUCGACUAACGCUACGGCGCAUACUAGCAGCAACUCCAAUAUCAACACCAGCAGCGGUAGCAGCAGCAGCAGCAGCAACAACAACAACCACCACAACAGUACAAGCAAGCGACGCUCCAAUCUCGUCAGCUCUGCACGCAUGUCAGCACAGUCGUUGUUUACUGACGGAUUCAGCCGACUGAGCCGUCAAAAGAGCUUACCUACCAAAAUGCGUCCUCGAGUGCGGCAUGAAGAAUCCAGUAGUAGCAGCAACGCUAGCGGCAGUACCCGAAACACCCCACGUUUGUUGAAGCGUGCUAGCUUUACGAUGAAACAGCGUGUUUCCGACGAGGAAUUACGGUCGUCGCUACCUCCUGCACCUUCGACUGUGGCACCACAACGCGUCAUUGAGGCGGCGUCAGUUGAAAAAUUGGUUGAGAAAUUGACCAACAGUCUGGAUUACACCUUAAUGACGGACUUUUUCUUGACCUAUCGAGCAUUCAUCUCGCCCACACAGCUGUGCAAGCUUCUCAUCCUCCGUUUUCGAUGGGCGCUGGAAAAUGACCGGGAUGAUCGUCGGGUUGUCCGUAUUAGAACUUUUGUGGUGAUGCGCCACUGGCUACUAAACUACUUUGUCCAUGACUUCAUUCCAUGCCGAGAACUCCGGGUCAUUCUUACGGCAUUUCUCAACUCGCUGCCGCAAAACACUUUGGUUCAGCAAUCACCACGAGACCAACGCAUUGUGCGUGGCCUUAAGCGCGUCGUUCGCAGCCUGAAGACGGCUCACUAUAGUCACAGUGACUCACAGCAACAGCAGCACCCUGCAUCCAGCAAACCAGAUCUCGAAUUUGACAAGUCCACAUGGGUCGAAAGCAGCGCUACCCAAUCACUCCCUAUGGUUGAUGGCUUACGCAACAGUGUAUUGUAUGAUGACAAUGGUUCACUGGACAGUGAAUUGAGCCCGGGCAACUCGGAAGCAGCACCUGAAGACAUCGAACCACACUUUGCCAAUGACGCCGAUUGGAGCAGCGAAGACCAAGCUAUGGCCAAAUUGCAGUAUGAGCGACGACGACGUGAAGAAGAAGAGGAGCGCCAACGCGCCGACUUUUUCACCAGCAUGAUGACAACAGAAAGCGACAUACCGAGUUUACAACACCAACAGCAGGAUGCCUUAUCCUCUGUUUCGGAUUUCAUGCUCAACAGCCCGAUGAGCUCAAUUGUCGUGGAAAAGAAGCAACAAGCAGCAAGUAAGCGGCCCCACUUGCCAUCAGAAUAUAUUGCUGCCAUGACAGCUGCCGCCGCUCUUAAAUCACACAACAAUCACCAAGAUAAUGCAGCAGCCAAGAGCAAGCAGUACAUACCAGCAACUAUCAUUCACGAUAUGACGACAGAAAAUAUCGAGCGCAGGAUUCGUCGUAUCCCAUCCAGCAAAUGGUGCAAGGCAUCUCCGGAAGAAGAUCCUGCUUACAACAGUAGUAGCAAGGAUCCGGAACAACAGCAGCAACAGCAAGGACCGCCACCAUUGCCGCCGGCGGACGGUCUGGCACGUAAGCUCUCGCGCAAAAGCAUUGAGCGCAGACGAAGCGAAAAGAACUUGCGCGAAGUAGCUUCACCAGGCUCUAGCAGCAAUUCAUCUUCGGUUGUCAGCACACCUCGCCUCAAUUUUGCAAACAGCAGCAGUACUGUACCCGAAUUGCCGCCAUUGCCGCCAGCCACAGAUAUCGAAGCAGCCUCUGCUGCAGCUGCAGUACUGAGCUCCAAGCUGAACCAACAGCAACAGCAUCAAGCACAGCCCCAACAGUCGUCAGGAACGCCAAACAAGCGUCUCGUAAUGAUGAUGUCUGCUGGCAAGGAAAGCUUUGAAGCGCUACCUUACGAUACCAUGGCAUCACCUCCAUUGGAAGCCUCUCCAAAACAAGAUGAAGGAGCCAAACGCCGUCUCUCCAAGAAGUUGGCCAAGAUUUUCAAGCAACAGCAACAGCAACAGCAACAGCAGAAGCCCCAACAAAAUGAGCAAUCAGCCUUUUCGCCUCGCAACAUUUUGAAGAAGCAAGCCUCAUUCAGUAACAGUAUGAGUCAUCAUCCCAAGACCGCCGAGCCACCUUUUGUGACUCAAGAAUGUAGUAGCAAGACGGAAGUUGUAGUCAUUCCGGCACCUGCGCUUGACUCCACUUCGCACACUUCGAACAGCAGCAGCAGCAAUGUUGAAGUGUCUACGCCAACAACUCCCAGCAGCACAGGUCGUUUGCCAUCAGCAACCGCCACCACUACGGUUGGCCGUAUUGCUGCAGAGCUUCGUGAUGAUGACCAGGAAGAUGUCCCAACAGUCGAACUACGUCGAUGCAGUAGCACCAUUGAAAAACACACUGAAGGUUUCUUCAAGCGACCUGCUCGAGGUCCGAUCUAUCUAAGCCAUCUGGUAGGCGCCCAGUCUUUGGGUUUCGAAUCAGAUGCAGCCGUGCAUAUCCAAGAACUCGAUGACGGAGGCAGUAGCAGCGAAGAAGACAGUGACGAUGAGAGCGACGAGAACGAUCGAGUGGCACCCAUGAAGAAAGGAGGCUUAAACCGUGGCGUGUCAUUACUGUCCAAUGUACCGAAGCAUAUCCGAACUAUGUCUUUAAUUGUGGAACCUGACCGUCUUGGCGAACUUAUUGCCAAGGAGGAAGAGCAACAACGACAACAACAACAACAACAGCAGCAACAGCAAGACAAUGGUGACACAUCCUCGCCAACGUCGACCAAAUCCGUAGCAGCGACAUCCUCAGUAUUACCCCUUCCCAAGCCGAUUUCGCCUGUAGCAGUAGUAGGACGUCAAAAGAGCUUUGUUCUUUUGUAUCCUGCAAGUAAACUUGCGCAGCAACUCUGUCUGAUUGAACGACAAGUCCUUUUCGGUGUUGAAUGGGAAGAAUUGGUGGACUGCCGCUGGCGCGACGGAGUUGCCGGAUCAGGUGGUGUACAACGACUGAUCCAACGAUUCAAUGCCGCUUGCCAAUGGGUUAUUUCAGAAAUUGUUACAACGGAACAACUUCAUCAUCGUGUGGAUGUCAUUCGUAGGUUCAUUCGAUUAGCUCAGCAAUGUAAAAAGUAUGCCAACUUUGCUACGCUUCUACAAAUUCUCUUGGGUCUUCAAUCGCCUGCUGUAUCUCGUCUGCAUGCCACUUGGGCUCAAGUUGGUGUAGCCGAUAUGCGUCUUUUAGACCAGCUUUCUGCAUUUACAUCGCCAAUGAAGAACUGGAAAAACAUUCGCGACAGUAUGACCAAGGUAGCUGAAGAAUACGGUAAUGGCCAGCAACUCGUGGAGCAACAACAACAACAUCAUUAUCACCAGCUUCAAGACAACAAUACAGAGCAACAAGGUGUAGCAGGAGGCUGUAUUCCAUUCUUGGGCAUCUAUCUUUCAGACCUCGUCUUCAAUUCCGAACUGCCACCUUAUACCGAACCAGUCAAGAGCAAAAAGGCCACCUGCGACUCAUUUGUAUUGCAACAGCCAUUGGUAAACUUUCGCAAGCACCGGAUCACGGCAACUGUUAUUAAGCGCGUGCUGACAUUCCAAAAUUUGGCUCGACGAUAUCCCUAUACCCCGGAACCGGAGCUCUUCCGGCUAUGCCUUGAUAUCAAAUCAGUCGAUACUGAUAUGAUUCGAAAACUGAGCCAUGAAAUUGAUCCCUAAGCCCUCUUAAUUCACAUUUAUACAUAUACCACAUCUUUUUACUUCUUUUACCACUGAAACGACCUUUUUCUUUUCAAGUUAUUGACGUUGUAAUUUUCUUUUUUCAUCAGAUAUACAUAUAUACUAUACCAUAGAUGUUCAUAUACGCCUCCUUCUUUACCAUUCUUCCCUUCCUUCUUUAUUAUACUUUUAUUCAGUCCUAUUACAUACUUUUUAUCUGUUGAGAUACCCCAACCCAUAAAAAAACCUUCCAUCUCGUC